AUGAGAAUCGCUAUAGCACAGACAUGUCCCGUCUCUGCUCAGCCAGGGGUCUACUCUGGUGCCGAGGCUAACGUCGAUGACCUCUUCAUCACCCUUCGCCGAAAUUUGGAGGACGCCGAGCAGAUCGUCAAGGACGCGGUUCAGCGGCAUCAGGCCGAUGUGGUCUGCUUUCCAGAGUACUUCCUGCAGGGUAUCUUGAACGAGGGGCGACAGUACCUCAGCAUCACCUCGCAAUGGCUCGACACUCAUAUCGCGGGCAUGGCCCGCCGUUACUCUGUCGCCAUCACAGGAACGAUCGUCCAUGGGGCAUGCGAGGGCCUCGCCAUACCGCCUCAGCGGGAUCCGUUCGAGCCCGCUAGCGUAGAAGGUUCUUCCUCAGCGCGACAAGAAUGGGUCGACUAUCUCGGACAAGCGAGCGAGGCCCUCGCGAACGACUCGAACUUCCGGCUCGUGAAUGAGGCAUUCUACUUUGAUGACAAGGGGGAGAAGCGGGGUCGAUAUACCAAGAAGAACCUUUGGCAUCCUGAGAGGGAAUACCUUGAACCGGGGACCAUCGAUGAGCCUGUCUUCACGACACCUUGGGGCAAGGCUGGUUUCCUCAUCUGCUGGGAUCUCUCACACCCGGCCGCAGCCCAAAGUUUGGCCGAUCAGGGAGCAGACAUCAUCUUCGCGCCGGCAUACUGGCUGGGGAUUGAUUCUGAGCCGAUGGUCUCCCGAUAUACCUCCAACCCCGACUACGAGCUCAACCUCCUCCAGUCCCUAUGCUCCGCCAGAGCAUUCGAGACCGAGACCGUACUCAUACAUACCAACCCCGGAGGAUCUCGGUCUGAGGGCUUCAUGGGCGGCAGUGGAGUCUGGGCGCCCCUGAUAGGCAAGGUGGGCGGGUAUGACGAGGGAUCUGGCGAUGUCGGAGCGGUCGGUGUGAAGAUCCGGCACCUGGGCUGA